GGCGCAAAACUUUGCCAUAUAUUAAAUAGAGCAGCUAUGGCUUACCCACAUUCGUGUGAGGAUCUCGCGGGCUGUUUGAGGAUCCUUUUGAGUAGGCGUCGCCUCGCUGCGCUGCCACAUCUGUCCAUGUGGAGGAUGGAGAAUGGAGAAUGGAUGACAGUUAGUUUUACUUCGGCAUUUGUUAGUUACACACACAACAAACAUUGGAAAUCCUUUUAAUUAUUUUUUUUUUUGUUGUGUCUGGUUUUUCGUAUUUAUGUGUCGCCUCUACUAGGUCGUUGUUUCAUUGUUGAUCGUCGACUUGUGAGAAACAUGAAUGAAUAUUUAGAUAAUGCCAGGCGCAGCAUUCAACGGGCGAUGAGCAGCAGCUACCACUCCCUAUCGACGGUGGCCAGCACGGCCGGUGGCCUGGCCGCCACUACCGGGAUGCAACUAAUUGGCCGCCUGCUGGGCCUGAAGGCCCAGGCCUCCAUGGACUCAAUGGCCGACUCGCGGACGACGUCAAGCACGGAUCUGGGCUCGCCGUCAGCGGGGGCAUUGGAUGAGCAGCAAACGCGACUGGUCAGCGUGGUAUGUGGGUUCCCCAAGGAUAUCGUCAUGUAUCCCGAUUAUGUGAGGGGGCAGUUUGGCGAGGAUGCCUGGUUCAAGACCUCCACAUCGAAGGCGGAUACGCUGGGCGUGGCCGACGGCGUCGGCGGCUGGCGAGUGUAUGGCAUCGAUCCGGGCCUGUUCAGCCGCUUCCUGAUGCGCUCCUGCGAGCGCCUCGCCCACACCUCGGACUUUGACUCGACGCGACCCGAGCAUUUGCUCGCCCGCGCCUACUGCAAUCUGCUGGAGCAGAAACAGCCCAUUCUGGGCAGCUGCACCGCCUGUGUGCUGACGCUGCACCGCGAGAGCGGCAUCCUCUAUGCGGCGAACAUCGGAGACAGCGGCCUGCUGGUCAUACGCAACGGGGCCGUGGUCUGCCGCUCCGUGGAGCAGCAGCAUCACUUCAAUACGCCGUACCAGCUGGCCGUGCCGCCACCUGGACAGGGCCUCAACGUGCUGACAGAUGGGCCCGAGUGUGCCGCCCUCCUGGAGUUCGAUAUGCAGCCGGGCGAUAUACUGAUGCUGGCCACAGACGGUGUCUACGACAAUGUGUCCGAGGAGCUGCUGCUGCAGGUGCUCAGCCAUGCGGCCGGCGUCACAGAUCCCGUCAAGCUGCAGAUGUACGCCAAUUCGGUGGCCCUGAUGGCCCGCUCGCUCAGCUUCAAUCCGCACCACGAGUCGCCGUUCACCCAGAAUGCCAGGCGCCACAACAUCGAUGCGCCUGGCGGCAAGCCGGACGACGUAACCGUCAUCCUGGCCAGCGUUGUUUAACUGGCCAGCUUGAUGGUGAUGGUCGCUCUGAUGAUGCAAUGCAAUGCACUUUGUAACACAACAGUAACCAUCUCAUAAAUAGGAAUGCCGGAAUGCCCCACAGCCACGCCCACACCCACAGCCACACCCACCUCCCAUCAAUCCCAUCUGUGCGCACUCACUGGCAGCUGUGCACAGCUCCAAGCUAUUCCUGUUCAGCUGUGGACAAUUGCCAGUGAAUGCUCUGGACUCACGCACACAUCAGGAGACGGGAUUGUCUACAGCACAGCAAAAAAAAAAAAAACAAAACAAACAAACAAAAAAAUCUUAAAAAAUACGUCUCAAUCGGUAUAGAUAUAUAUAUCUCUCUAUAUAUAUAUAUAUAGAUCAAUAUGUAUAUUUAGGGUAUAGGUAGAGUUAGUUGAUCUUAUUGCUCCAAUCUACGACAUUCGGCAUUCCAUGUUCAUCUGGCUCGCAGGCAUCAGGCGCCCCACUCGAACUGCCGCCAUUGGCCAACCAAAUCCAUCGCCCCUGCAUGCCCAACUCCACCCGCCUGAGCUUAACUCCUUCUUGACACAUUCAAAUGCAAAAUUAAGUCGAGUGUUUUUUUUUUAGCUGCUGGCAUAAAGAUAUUAAAUUUUACCUUUGUGCUAGACAAGUGUCUUCAUUUGUUUUAAUAGGAAACAGACUGAAAUUUCUCCGAUUCCAUUUUAAGCCAAUCGACAAUGUGAGGUUUCUGCCAUCAACAUAGAUCCGACUAUCCCAUCACAAGACUGAAAAUUUAAUGCAAAUUUAAGUAAACUCUUUAAAAUAUCGAAA